UCUCUUUUCUUUCCAGCUGCCACGGAGGUCACCGGCACAAAUAAUUCCUCACACGAAGCCCCCGUUAGUGUGUUGUGCGUGUACACAUAUUACAUUCCGUGCUCGCCCCGGUGGGUUGGGUGUGUAGUUUUGUCGGUUCCUUGUGUGCAGGUGUGUAUGACGCCAAACCUGCUUCGCCGACAUUCCACAGAAGGGCGCAGGUGGAUGUGACUCACGGGCUACUAGUGCCAUUUUGACUUUAAAUGUUCCUUUUCUAAGACGCUCUUCUCGAGUCUCACGCCCACGCAGGAGCCAUGACAGACAGGGAGAUCCAGGUACAGAAAGCCAAAUUGGCAGAGCAGGCCGAGCGCUACGACGACAUGGCGACGGCCAUGAAGGCCGUGACGGAGGACGGCUCCGAGGAGCUGACCAACGAGGAGCGCAACCUGCUCUCCGUCGCCUACAAGAACGUGGUGGGUGCCCGGAGGUCCUCGUGGAGGGUCGUGUCCAGCAUUGAGCAGAAGUCUGAAGAGGACGACAAGGCCAACCUGGCCAAGGAGUACAGGCAGAAGAUCGAGAAGGAGCUCAACGACAUCUGCAAUGAAGUUCUGAACCUGCUCGACAAACAUCUGAUUCCCAACGCCAAUCUUGCUGACAGCAAGGUUUUCUACCUGAAGAUGAAGGGUGACUACUACCGUUACCUGGCCGAGGUGGCCAGUGGAGAGAAGAAGGAUGAAAUCAUCAACAACUCGCAAGAGUCGUACCAGGACGCCUUGGAAAUCAGCUACAACGACAUGCAGCCCACUCAUCCCAUCCGCCUCGGCCUGGCGCUCAACUUCUCUGUCUUCUACUACGAGAUCGUCAACUCGCCCACCAAGGCCUGCAACCUCGCCAAAAAAGCCUUUGACGACGCCAUCGCCAUGCUGGACUCUCUCAACAGCGACUCGUACAAAGACAGCACCUUGAUCAUGCAGCUUCUCCGCGACAAUCUGACUCUGUGGAUGUCCGACGCCCAGGGCGAGGCUGAGGGCGAGGAAACUGAGGCCCCGGCGGAGGCCCCGGCGGAGGCCCCGGCGGAGGCGCCGGCGGAGGCUGACAAGAACUGAACUCCUCGAUAAGAUGGGAAAAAAAAAAGAAAAAGAAAUACCUUUUUUAUUACCUCUCACCAGCCUAAGUUGUGUGCGUGGUUGUGCGUGUGCUCGUACAUGCACAUAAAUGUAUGUUUACGCUCCACUCAGUGUGUAAAGUACAAUAUGUGUUUGUUCAUCGUAAGAACACCUCCACUGAAAAAAGAAAAAAAAAAAUAGCUGUUUUUGUUAUUUGAAUUGAACAUUACUCAAUGUCUCAACCAAUGGAUGUUCUAUUUUUUCUGAUAUAGUUUAGUCCUAAUGUAAACCCUCCUACUUUUUUUAGUUCCAAAUUAGACCGUCGUUUACGGUAGCAAGUUGCCACCGUUACAGGACAAAAUCGAACCUCAAACUAUAUUUUGAUACUUUGUAUGUUUUUACUUGAACUGUUGUGACACUUGGGUCCACAAAAACACCUUGAAACGCGUCAGCUGGAACAAAAAUGGUCACCACCGUCUGAUUCUUGUCUGUUUUACGCCAGUUUUCCAGAUUUCAUCGGCGAAAGUUAGUAAUUCAACCGUGGUGAACAUUUUCUGUUUUGUCGCCCGGCUGUUACUUUUUACGGAUGGUACAUGCGUCACAAUGGCUCGGUGGGUUCUGGGUGUGCUCGAGCAGCAUACUUAAGGUUCUUCGUGUGACUGGACUUUUUCUUUUUGAUCAUCAAUUUUUUUUUUUGCCGCAAAGGUUAUGUUCCAUCAUGCUGACAUUUUGUUCAGUCUAUAUCCUGCAUACUUUGCAUUUUUAACAAAGUGAACAACUUGAUUAAAACAAAAGAAACGGCCUGAUACUGUAAGUUUGUUUUGCUACUUUUUCUAUUCAGGUGUUUAUUUUGUGUUACCUUUUUGUGUGUAUUUUAUUCCCCCUCCCUUGACCCCAGGAAUGUAUGCGUUUUCUCGUAGUAUGGCGUGAGAGGUAGAUGUGCUUUGAAACUGGCACUUAUUUUAUUUUAUUAUUUUUUUUGGCUUAGGAUUUAGCUUGAACAAGGUGAAGCAUUUGUGCCGUCCUUUUCGAAAGUUAAAGUUGAUGCUAAUUCGCUUAGUAAUGCGGUAGGAAGCAGCGUUUUGGACCAUUUAGACGACACAAAUUAGUGCUGGUUUCUUAUUAUCAUGGUGGGUCAAAAAAAAAAAAGAAAAAAAAAGACGGGAUGCAGGAUUUGAAACAUUUUGCAGGUGGCACUGUAAGUACGUUAUUUGGUUAUGUGCUUUCAUGUGAGACCAAUUAAAACAUUAAAUUCAAGUA